GACCAUUAAUUUAUCCAUCAUGGCAGGACACGAUGAUGUUAAUCAGCGGCAGUUCACUGGGAUUGCCAAAUACUUCAAUUCAUACACAACCACUGGAAGGAGAAAUUGCGUUGUGGCCACAUAUGCCACCAUUGCAGCCAUCUGUCUUUUCUUUAAAUAYAAGCCCAAGAAACAACCUGCUGUCACAGAACAGUAGCUACAAAGCAGGUUUCUGUUCGAGCGAUGUUUCCAUCAGUUAGGAGUGGAGAGAGCAGCUGGACAUGCUUGUGUUAUAAAUUUAACUGUUUGAUUUCUCCAUGUUAACAAUAAAGAAAAYGAAAGCUCUGUGCCCAGAAAA